AUGUGUAUAUAUUUCAGGCAAUCACAAAACAAGGUGAGUUCACAGAAGAACUCUAAAAAUUUGCCCCCAUCUCCAACUCUCUUCAAUGGUGGAUCAUCAUUGAAGUUACUAGGUGAAAAUGAUGAGUCUGAAAAGUAUAAAUUCCAUCCUCUAGUCCUAGUUGAGGAUGUGGACAUCCUUUACGCCGAAGAUCGUGGAUGUAUAGCUGCCAUACAACAGAUUGCUGAGACUUCAAAGGGGCCAAUUAUAUUGACCAGUAAUAGUGAUAAUCCGGGUCUGCCACAUAAGUUUGAUAGGUUCCAUGUUCCAUUCGUGUUGCCAUCGCCAAAGGAGUUGCUUUCCCAUUUGUAUACUGUUUGUCUCACUGAAGGAGUCAACAUCCAUCCUCUUUUAGUGGAGAAGUUUAUACAUUCUUGUCGUGGAGAUAUCCGAAAAUCCAUUAUGCAUCUUCAAUUCUAG